UUCAGUUUGUCGCGGGAUAGUUUGAAAUAAAUAAGUUGCGAAAUUGUACUAUUUUAUUUCAAUGUGGUCUUUUAUCUAAGUUAUUCACUAUUUCAUUUUGUUUCUAGUUUGGACACUGUUAACAGACUUGAGUCACGUCAUUCAGUAGCUAGUUACUAGUAGAGUUUGGUUUCUCAAGCUGGCUGAAUACGAUAUUAUGGCUCGACCAACAAGGUGUGUAAAUUAGCUAAACUAAUCUACACCACAGGAGAGCCAAGAACCAAUUGAAUUACUCAGACUUGAUGGAGCUUGAUGAUGAUGAAGAUUUUGCCUGUAUGAAAGGGCCUUCCAGCAAGAAAGCUCGGGUCCUUGUCAAAGAACCACAGAGAGACAAGAGUCUGCAUCAAUCAAGCAAAUCUUUCGGUCAGGAUUCAAAGAACAUAUUGUCUUUGGAUGACAAAGAGAAUGAAGUGGGUUCACAAGCAUCCUGUUCUCUCUCAGUGCUCCAAAUAGCUGUAGUUGUAGAGAAAGCACCCAGUGGAAUAAGCCUUCUUGAGGUCACAAGUGAGAGGGGAUCCAAUGUCAACCCCUCCAGCCAGAGACGGGCAGCUAUCAAAGCUAAAGAUCAACAGAGAUCCAUACUGAAGGUGGAGAGGAUGAGCCAGGCUGAGAGUGGGCGGGAGGAUAAGGAUUACCAGUCUACCUGCACACCAGACUCAGAGAGUGAGCAGAGUUUUGAUGAGGAGGAUGAGAGCGAUGAGGAGUUCACUGCAAAGAAAGUGGGAAAGGGGGAAACGGGGAAGAAAAACAAAACAGCUCAACCUCCAGCCUCUAAGAAAGCAGAUGAAAAGAAGCUUAAAAAAUUCCCCAAAAGCAAAUUACAAUCCACCUCAGAGAGUUGUAGUCCGACUCCAGCUACAUCAACGCCUGUGUCAACUCAGAGGAAGCUUGAUGCCACUCCCACGUUACCUGCUAGACCAUCCCCUAUCAGCCCAGUAGGGGGCAGGCUUCCAAAGUGGAAUCCACCAGCACAGAGUGGAAUAAGUCCCAGCUCAACCGCAAAUUCCACCACGAAGUCCCCAGGACAAGGCUUGCGACUGGGACUGUCCCGCUUAGCAAGGGUCAAACCCCUGCACCCCACUGCUAGUGGAAACUGACUAUUGCCCUACUAAACAGAGAGAAGUCAGAAUCUUCUUCUUUGGUGUAAUGUGUGUUUAGCCUGUUACUCUUGUGUUGCAUUGCUAAUAUUGAAAUUCUGUACUCGUUUUUGUUUAAAUGUUUUAUAUAGUGAUUGCUAUUUAUAAAAACGUUUAUUUAUUUA